AUGCUGUCGCUGCGGAGCGAGCUGGGCCCGGCGCCCGCGGGGGCUGUUGGGGUCCGGCCGCCCAGCCGCUGCAGCGCGACUGUCCCCACGUCUGUUUGUGAGCACUCUGUGCAGCAGGAAAGAGAUGCUAGUAACAGAACAAACACACCGGAUGAUUCGGAGGGGAAUGAGAGUGAGGAGAAGGCUGAUGAAGAUAGCGAGAGGGAGGAAGAGUGGGAUACUGACCUUGAAAUAGAAGAUCUAAGGCCACCUCAUUCAUUGUGUGAGUUAUAUGAAACCAAGAAACCUUUUGACCCAACUGGAAAGACCAGAUAUAUAGCAGCCUGCCAACUAUAUGGAGUGGUACCCAUAUCCUAUUUCCUGCGUCACAUGAAGGACACUGAACUGAUUAUGAAGCACCAUGGACUUGGCCCACAGGGUGCCAAAGCUUUAUCUCUUUCCUUGAUGACCAACACCUCCAUCGUAAAGUUAAACCUGAGUGAUAAUUGGCUGAAUGGAGACGGGGCAGCUGCAGUUGCAGAGAUGUUAAAGGAAAACUGUUACAUUUCAGAUGUUGAUUUAUCUGACAACAGGCUUGGAGUUAAAGGAGCCGAGGCCCUUUCUGCUAUGCUUCUGGAGAAUACGACAGUUGUUACCCUUAAACUUUCAGGAAAUGAGUUUAAUGACCAUGCAGCUAAGUACCUAGCCGAUGCCCUCCCGGCUAACAAUAAACUGGAAUCUCUGGCUCUGAGUCACAACAUGCUUGCUGACACAUCAGGUGAGCUGCUUGGAAUGGCCAUAGCAGAAAACACUGGGCUAAAGGAGCUUAAUAUCAGCUGGAAUUACUUCCGUAGCCAAGGAGCAGCUGCCUUAGCCAGAGGCUUCGAGGCAAACGUAUUCCUCAGAGUUCUGGACCUUUCCUACAAUGGCUUCAGUAACAACGGCGCAGCUGCCCUGGGGGAGGUUCUUAAAGUCAACAAUGUGCUGGAAGAGCUCAACAUUAGCAAUAACCGCAUUUCACUGGAAGGAGCUCUGCGCUUUGCAGUAGGCCUGAAAGAAAACCGGACUCUGAAGAGCCUUAAUAUGGCCAGAAAUCCCAUGCAGAGUGAAGGCUGCUUUGGGAUUCUCAAAUCUAUACAAGCAAAUUCCGGGGCCAUGGUAGAAAUCCUGGACUUCUCAGAGAUCCCUGUGAACAAAGACUUUGCAGACCUGUGUGAUGCUGUGAAAAUGCUUUCCCCAAAUCUUCAGAUCAGACAUGGUGGAAAUGCAACACUGCACAAAAAAGACCAACCAAAGGUUUCCCAAGAAUUUUCGUAA